AAACCGACCAGAGGGCAAAGUGUUGGAGACUGUCGGUGUGUUUGAAGUGCCAAAACAGAAUGGCAAGUAUGAGACUGGCCAGCUUUUCCUUCAUAGUGUUUUUGGCUACCGAGGUGUCGUCCUGUUUCCCUGGCAGGCCAGACUGUAUGACCGGGAUGUGGCUUCUGCAGCUCCAGAAAAAGCCGAGAACCCUGCUGGCCAUAGCUCAAAGGAAGUGAAAGGCAAAACUCACACUUAUUAUCAGGUGCUGAUUGAUGCCCGCGACUGUCCACACAUAUCUCAGAGAUCUCAGACAGAAGCUGUGACCUUCUUAGCGAACCAUGAUGACAGCCGGGCCCUCUAUGCCAUCCCAGGCCUGGACUAUGUCAGCCAUGAAGACAUCCUCCCCUACACCUCCACUGACCAGGUUCCCAUCCAGCAUGAGCUCUUCGAGAGAUUUCUGCUAUAUGACCAGACAAAAGCUCCCCCUUUUGUGGCUCGGGAGACGCUACGGGCCUGGCAAGAGAAGAAUCACCCCUGGCUGGAGCUCUCCGAUGUCCACCGGGAAACAACAGAGAACAUCCGUGUCACUGUCAUCCCCUUCUACAUGGGCAUGAGGGAAGCCCAGAAUUCUCACGUCUACUGGUGGCGCUACUGUAUCCGCCUGGAAAACCUUGACGGUGACGUGGUCCAGCUCCGAGAAUGGCACUGGAGGAUAUUCAGUCUCUCUGGCACCUUGGAGACAGUGCGAGGCCGAGGGGUGGUAGGCAGGGAACCAGUGUUAUCUAAGGAGCAGCCUGCGUUCCAGUACAGCAGCCACGUCUCUCUGCAAGCUUCUAGUGGGCACAUGUGGGGCACAUUCCGCUUCGAGAGACCUGAUGGCUCCCACUUUGAUGUCCGGAUCCCUCCCUUCUCCCUAGAGAGCAAUAAAGACGAGAAGACACCACCCUCAGGCCUUCACUGGUAGGCCAGCUGAGACAUUGAGUGCCCAGGCUUGGCCCUCAGAAUAGCUCUCACCUCCCCAUUGCUGCAGAACUCUUCUCUCUCCCCAUCAUGGGCCACAGUGGGUCUCUUGUUUGCGACAUUUGGUUGUGGGUUUUUUCAUGGAGGUUGGUGGUGUAACUGUUUUCUUCAGAAAACUCAUGUAGGACUCCAUGAAAGCUGGCCCCCUAAGCUCUGCCUACACCACGUUCCAGUAAACCUCUCCACUAAGGAACUGUUCAGCCGCCAGAGGCCUGGAGGAGUUUCCUGGCCUACCACACAAGUUGUUUGGAAUGUAAGGUUUGGUCAAUAAACCAGUGCACGCUUGGCCACCCUUGCCAUUUCUGCCCACCUUGGGCCCUUGACUGUUCCCAAGCUGCCCUUUCAGAGAGCUACCUGCUCUGUGAGGAUUUAUGUCUGUGUCCUUCUGAGGCUGGAGGCCAGCUGGACAGCUCCCAGGGUCACUGUGCCUCUCUGCCAGUGGGUGGGCGCUGGACUGGACUCUCUUGUUCUCUUCUUUACCCUCUGCCAAGUGCAGGGAGGGAGACCAGCAUCGGGGUUGGAGUGGCCUGGCUCAGCACUGACCAAACACUGGCAUCUCAGCCUGGGAGAGGAGUGCAGCAAGCCAGUCAGGUUCCUGGAUCAGUGGGCUUGCUGGCCUUGAGCCUGAGUGUCGAGACCGCAAACGCAGGAAAUCAGCCUAGGAGCAGCACCAGGUAUGGAUGGUGCCAAGCUACCUCCAGGGCUUCUCAGACCUCCAAGAGCCAGAGAUGAACUGUGCUGCAUUUUGCCCCAAUUCUUAGGAUUCCUUCUCCCUACCACCGCAGUGAUUGUGAAAGCUCAUUUUACUUGGAGUUAUUAUUAAACCUCAGUUCCAGCCCUUGU